AUGGUAAAUAAGAACGUUAAAGGUUACAACCCUAAUCAAAACAGGGGAACAAGUAAAGGCAGAAAUAUUAGCAAGAAUAAUAAAAUUAUUAAAAAUAAAGAAGGAGGUAAAAAUUUAUAUACUUGGUAUAUAGAUAAUAAAAUUGAUGAAAAAAAAAAAAAAAAUGAAGAUAUAGAAAAUAACAAAGCUAAAUAUUUUGAAGAUGUUGCUAUAAAUAAGAAUGUAGAAGAAUAUAUAAAUGUGAUAUGUAGAAUAAAAAAUAAUAAAAUUGAUACAAAUAAUAAUACAAAUAAUAAUACAAAUAAUAAUAUAAAUAAUAAUACAAAUAAUAAUACAAAUAAUAAUAUAAAUAAUAAUAUAAAUAAUAAUAUAAAUAAUAAUAAUGUGGAUGUUAUAAAAAAAAUUUCUUAUAAUAAAUUAGUUAUAGAUACAUUCCAUGUAGGUAAUAAGAGUUCACUGAAUUUUGAAUAUACAUAUGAUAGAGUGUAUGAUAUAGAAAAUAAUAAUCAUAUGAUAUUUAAUGAUUAUAUAAAAAAUAAUAUUAAAAAUAUAUUUCAAGGUAUUAAUUGUAGUAUAUUAGCAUAUGGACAAACUAAUAGUGGGAAAACGUAUACUAUGUUAGGAAAUUUUGAUUUUCUGAAUAAUUUAUUUCAUCUUUGUAAAGAUUAUAAUACUUGUCAUAAUAAUGAAAAUAAAAUUAAUAAGGUACAUGAUAAGAUAAACAACAAAGAUAAUUAUGACAAUCAUAAUGAUGGUAAUCAUAAUGAUGAUAUUAAUAAUAAUAUUAAUAAUAAUAAUAAUAAUAAUAAUAAUAAUAAUAUUAUUAAGACUAACAUAAACAUGAAUAACUCUGACCAACAUAAUGAUAUUCAUUUAACAUACGAUGAAUUAACGAACUGCAUAACAAACGAACCAGAUAAUGUAGGUAUCAUACCACAUUGUAUUAAUUACAUUUUUAAUUAUAUAAAUUAUCAUAAACAACAAGAUAAAAUUAAUGAUAAAAUAAAAGAAUUUACUGUUACCUUAUCCAUUCUAGAAAUAUACAAUGAAGUGAUUUAUGAUUUAAUAAGUGGAGAAAGCAAUUUAUCUGUACAUAUGAUAGAUUCUAAUAAGAACGAAUUUAUUAUAAAAAAUCUAAAAGAAGUGGAAAUCGAAAAUAUCAUUAGUGCUCUCUACUAUUUAGAACAAGGAGUAAAUAAUAGAAAAAUAGCGUUUACACAUAUGAAUAAAGCUUCUUCAAGAUCACAUUUAAUAUUUAUUAUUAAAAUAAAUAGAUAUAUAUAUUCAACCAACACUAUAAGAUGUGGAAAACUAUGUCUUGUGGAUUUAGCAGGAAGUGAAAGAUUAAAACAAACUAAAGCAACGGGAUCGAUCAAAAUAGAAACUACUAUGAUUAACAAAAGUUUAACUGUUCUUAGUAAGGUUAUUAAUUCUUUAGCUAUCAUGCAGAUAAAGGAAAAAAUCGAAAAAAACAUCAAGGAAAAGCAUACAUAUAAUGAUAAAAAUAAUGAUAAAAAUAAUGAUAAAAAUAAUGAUAAAAAUAAUGAUAACCAUAAUGAUAAAAAUAAUGAUAACCAUAAUGACAAAAAUAAUGAUAACCAUAAUGAUAACCAUAAUGAUAACCAUAAUGAUAAGGGAAAGUAUUCGUGUGAUAACCAUAUAAACAUAAAUAAUAACAACAGUCAUAUAAAUAAUUCAAGUCAGAAUCCACAUAGUAGUGGCUCUAAUGUACAUAUACCUUAUCGAGAUUCUAAACUUACAAGAGUACUAUCCGAUAGUCUAGGAAAUAAUUGUAAAAGUAUUCUCAUAUGUACAUUAUCCUCAAAGUUACAAUAUUUAAACGAAACGGCAUCUACAAUAAAAUUCGCGCAAAGAGCUAAAAUGGUUAAGGCCAAACCAAUAGUAAGAGAAGAAAAAGUAGAAAGCAAAAAGGAAUUUGAUACAAAUGAAAAAGAAAAAAAUAUGAAAAAAAAGAAAAAAAGAAAUGAAGAAAAAAAUUAUAAUAAUGAUAAUAAUGAUGGUGAAAAUAAGGAAGAUAAUUAUGAUGAUGAUGAUGAAAAAAAUAACCUGUAUGAUAAUCAAUUAAAUAUUUUCCUCAAUUUUAAUAAAAAUCACAUAACCAAAGAUAUCAUCUUCUUUUGUUUUAGUCUAUGUAUUUUUAGUUACAUGUGUGGAUUUAAGAGCACUGGAAAAGUGAAAUAUUUAGACUUCUUUAUUGAAUCCUAUAAAAAUAAAAUUGAAAUUAUUAAAAAGCAACUUAACAAAAGUGACGACUCCAAUAAAAAUGAAAUAAACGAAUAUCUUAUGAAAACCUUUGACGAUUUAAAAAUAUUAACAGAAGAAGAGAGACAACGAAAUAUCAAAUUAAAUAUGGAGAAAUUAAAAAAAUUUAAAGAUGAUAAUAAAAAUACAAUAAAACAAAUGCAAAAGAAACAAGAAAAUGAAGAACACGCUUUGACCAUAAGAAAUUUAGCUAAGGUAGAUCCUACCUUGAUUUCUAAAUAUGAUAUACAGAAGAAACGUCAACAUAAUGAUAAUAAUGCUUAUGAUGAAGGAGUAAAUUAUUUACAUGUAGACGAUAAUAACGAUGGUGAUUCACAUGUGAAUAAUAAUGAUGAGACACAUAUUCAUGAUAAUGAUAAUGAUGAUAAUGAUGAUGAUGAUGAUGUGUUAAUAGGUGAUAUAUUAGUUAAGAUGAAAAACGACAUAUGUAAUAUAAUAAAAUUCAAUUUGACUAGCUUAAAAUGUAAUAGGAAGGAAAAUGAUGAGAUAUUUGAAGAAAUAUUACAUAUAGUAAAUUCUGUAAAAGAAAAUAAUAAUAUUUUUUUAAUAAAUGAAUUAAAAAAUAAUUCAAAAGAUGAAAAACUAAAUAAAAAAAAAGAUGCUCAAGGUGAUAAAAUAAACAUUCCAGAUGAUAACAACAAUAAUAAUGAUAAUAAUAAUAAUAAUAACAAGAUUAGUUUUAAGUCAAUAAAAAAUAUGAAUAUUGUAAAAAAGUAUUUAAAAAAGGAGGAUGCUAAUAAAAAUAAAAAUACAAAAUCAAUUUUAAAUAUAAACAAUAAAGAUGAUAAUAAAUGUUAUCAAGAUAAUAAUUCUUAUGUUAAUUAUAAUACUUGUCAUGAUAAAAAUGUAAAUAAUAAUAUAAAAAACCAAAAUGACAUAUUAUAUUAUCAAGUAUUCGCACAAAAAAUAUUAAGUGUUACAAAUAUACAAAAUAUAUUUAAUUAUGUAAAUCAUAAUUAUACCAAAUUUAUUAGUGAUUUUACAACAGAUAAAAGUACAGUAUUUUCUAAUUUCGAUAUUAAAGAAAAUCUAGAUAGACAUAUUAUUCAAAAAAAUAAUACUAUAUAUAAUUUUAUACAUUCAGCUACAAUGUUUCAACAUAGUCAGACUUUAAAAAAUUUAAACAGUAAUUAUUUUAUUAAUAAAAUACAAACAGAAAUAUAUAAUAAUUAUCCACAUAUUAUUCAUAUGAAAUAUAUGCCAAGUAUAAAUAAUAAUGAACCUAUUAUUCCAGAAAAACAAAAUGAUCUUUUAGUUACUACACCCGUCAAAAAUAUAUUUCAAAUUAAUAAGGAAUAUAAUACAUAUAAUACACAAAAAUAUAUAUCUAUUAAAGAUAUUAUACCAGAUCAUACAACAAAUCAAAAUGAAACGACAUGUGCAAUCAAUAAAAGUGUUACAUUUUUUAAUGCACAUGGGCAGAAUAAACAUUCUGAGGAAGAUUUCUCGAAUAAAAAUAAUAUCCCUAUAGAGGAAAAAAAAAAAAAAGGAAUACACAACAAAAAUAAUAAAAAUGGUGAUGAUAAUAAGAACGAUGAUGAUAAUAAAAAUGAUGAUGAUAAUAAAAAUGAUGAUGAUAAUAAGAACGAUGAUGAUAAUAAAAAUGGUGAUGAUAAUAAUAACGAUGAUGAUAAUAAAAAUGGUGAUGAUAAUAAAAAUGAUUAUGAUAAUAUUUGUGUAGGUGAAAAAAAACAUAUAAGAAAUCACGCCAAUAAAGACAAACCAUAUGAAGUACAAAAUAAAAAAGAUAAAAAUUCAAAAAAAAAAGGAUCCUUUGUUCAUAACAUAAACGUGUCAGAUAAAAGCGACAAUUCUUUAGAAUUUACAAAAUUAUUAGAAGAUAAAGAUUUUAAAAAAUUAUAUGAAUAUUUAAUAGAUAAAGAAAAUACAAAUGAUGUGAAUACAUUCAUACAAAAAGAAGAGCAUAUGAAUAAUGUUCUUAAUCAAUUAGAAUGUAAAAUUAAUUCGGAGAUUAGAAGAGUCAGUGAUCAUAUUGUAGUAGAUUAUUCAAAAAAUAAUAAUAAAAAUAAACAUGAUAACACGAAUCAUAAUGAAAAUUCAAGUAGAAAAAAUAGUAAUAUCAAUAAAAAUCAUAUAUAUAAUAAUAAUGACAAUAUGAUGAUGGUAGUAAAAAAAAAGAAAGAAACAAAAAAUAAUUACUUAGAUAUAUCAUAUUUAGAAAAAAAAAGAAAUACAAAUUUAUUCAUUAAAAAAAUAUUUCAUAUUAUUAAAAAUAUUUUUCAAAAGAAAGAUUUUAAAGAACCCAUCGAAAUAAAUGUUUCCGAUAUUAUUGAAAAUGAAUUAUUACAUAAUAAAAAAUUAUUAGAAAAAAAUUUAGACUCAUAUAAUAUCAGAAACUUCUUUAUAAAUAAUAAAAAAAUAUAUCUAUUAAAUGAAUCUGAAUACUCUCAUUUAAGAGAAUUGAUUAAUUAUAAAAAUAAAAUGUUAUCAUAUCUUAAUGGGGAGUAUAGAAAGUAUAAACACACUUCUCAAAUAUAA